GACUUGCAUUUGUUUGGCUCCGGCGCGCGUAUUGUGUACAAAGUGCUUAAACACAAAUUUGUUUGUAAAUCAAGUAACGAGUGUGUGCGUGUGUGUGCAAAUAGAAAAACAAAAAAUACAAAAUAAAAUAACGGUCGUUCUCGCUGACUCGGUGGGCGGCAAGUAGCAAGAGUUCAAAUCACAAGCCGCAGUUGCACUUUGUUGCCGCUCUCAACGUUGCCUUUUCGGCGGUCGGCGUUUUUAUCGUUGUUGUUUUUCGGUGGAGUAAGUGGAGGCGUCGCCCGCGUCCCUUAGGAGGUGCCAACAGCAAGAGCGAAUGUGUUUCAAUGAUGUUACUGCCUUCGGGGCGUUCGAACAGUGAUGUGUAUCCAUUGCAAAAUGUCAACACAACAACGGCCAGCGUGGGCGGGGCCAAGCCUCUGCUACUGACAAGAACAUCAUCGCCCCAGCUGACGACGACGCUGCCAAUGUUAAAUGGCGGCGCCAACGCCUACGCGACGCUCCGCUCCAACUCUUCGGCCGCCUUCUCUGUCACAGUAGCACAAGAAACGGCCGGAAGUCUGUCGGGUACCGGAACACAGGCGACAACAACAACGUCAACGUCCUCACCGACAACAACAGCAACAACAACAACGACUACGGCAAUCGCAACAACAACAACAACAACAACAACUGCAACUGCGAACUGUGCUGUCAACUCGGGUUUUGGGACUGGCAGCAUCUAUGCCCCAAUUCUGGGUACGAGUCAUGCGAGCGGCGUGCCCAUCGGAAAUUGGGGCGAAAUUGAUCGAAACCUGGACGCUGUCCAGGAGAAACUCAAAGCUGGCUGGACAGUCCAUGUGGGCAAGGAUGGCAGACUCUAUUACUGCAACCAUUUGACGCAAUCAUCUGGUUGGCUGCCCGCCUGCGAGGAUUGGAGCAAGCAUGAGGAGCUCUCCUAUGGUUGGGAGCGAGCCAUAGAUUCCAAGGGUCGUUCCUACUAUAUCAACCAUCUGAACAAGACGACUACCUAUGAGGCGCCCGAGUGCAUACGUUGGGAUGAGCAUCCGCCAGAGCCGCGCCAUGUGCAGCUGCAGCGCAGUGCCAGUCUCGGCUUUGGAUUUGUGGCUGGCAGCGAACGGCCGGUGAUUGUGCGCUUUGUUACCGAGGGCGGACCCAGCAUUGGCAAGCUGCAGCCAGGCGAUCAGAUACUGGCUGUGAAUGGUGAGGAUGUCAAGGAUGCGCCACGCGAUCAUGUCAUACAAUUGGUCCGCGCCUGUGAGGCGCAGGUCUCGCUGCUCGUCUGCCAGCCCAUGGCCCACUGUGUGCUGCCCGGUCGCAAGUCCACGCUGCUCUCAGCCGGCAAGCGGGCCAAGCUUCGCACGCGUCCCAGUCGUGUGCGUUUCGCGGAGAGCGUGUGCGUCAAUGGAGCGCCACUGUUUCCGCCAUCGGCUUUCUCGCUGGGCGACAUUUGUGUGCCGCCCAUGGCGAAUGUGCUCAAGGUGUUUCUGGAGAACGGCCAGACGAAGUCAUUCAAGUAUGAUGCCACCACAACCGUGCAGGACGUGGUCAGCUCGCUGCUGGACAAGCUCUGCCUGUGCUGCGGCGAACUCUUCAGCCUGGUGCUGGAGCAUGUCAAGAGUCUAAAGCGCAACAAGCUCACGCUACUCGAUCCGCAGGAGUCGCUGGCACGCAUUGCUGCACGGCCGGGCGCUCACAAGCUGCGCUGCCUGUUUCGCAUAACUUUUGUGCCCAUUUCGGCCGCAGAGCUGGCACAGAGAGAUCUGCAGGCUCUGGACUAUCUGUACAUGCAGUGCUGCAACGAUGUCAACCAGGAGCGCUUUGCACCGGAGCUUCAGCCAGAGCUGGCACUACGUCUGGCCGCCCUGCACAUGCAUCAGCAUGCGCUGGCCAACAACUUUGCGCCCGCCAAGCUAACCGUCAAGCUGGUCGAGCGUGAGUUCGGUCUGGAACGCUUUGUGCCCGUCAGUCUGUUCGAGGGCAUGAAACGUAAGGAGCUGCGCCGGCUCAUUUCUCACUUCUUGAAGCUCAAUGCGGAGAUGACGGGCUCCUCCAGCAAGGUUCUAACCCAGCUGCAGGCGAAACUCCAUUAUCUAGAUAUAAUCGCUAGUUUACCAAGCUACGGCGCCAAAUGUUUCAGCACAAACCAAAGAGAGGGCAUGGAACGCGUUCUGCUCGUGAGUCCACGCUUCGGCCUAAGUCAAAUAUCCAGUGCCAGGAAUUCGGUGCCACAGCCCAUAUCGGCCAUAGAGGACUUUACGCACGUGGUGGUGCAUCGCGAGGACGACAUCACCUGCAGCGUAUCCAUUUACAUGCUGGGCGAUCGCGCUGUCAAGUUUAUAAUGGAGGAUCGCGAUGCCUGCGAAUUUAGUCUGGUGCUGAGCGGCUACUAUCGCCUGCUCACAGGAAACAUGCUGAAUGUGCUGCGCGAGCGUGAACCGCACGAGGAGGACAAUGCACCCGCCUUCUUGUCACAGCACACCGUGCUGCCCGCUAGCUGGAGCUAUCUGUUGCCCUUCCAUACCCGUGCGCAUAGCGUUAACUUUCUGGUGACGCCGCCAUAUCAUCCCAUGCCGCAUCAGGCGGUGCUGUCACAGCAACCGGCCGCACAGCAGUUGUCCGCCCAGCCGCAGGCGCUGCCCUAUGCAACGGACUUGGAUCUGCACAGCGUAAUGGCCACCGAGCUGCUGGAGGAGGCGGCCAAGGACUCGGGCCUGAGCGACAGCAGCGGCAGCAACUAUUGCAGCGAGGGACGCAGCCUGCUUGCCGUCGAGGCCAAGAACGAGCAGGUGCUGCGGCGCGUGCAGGAGCUACAGCAGCUCGUCCAAUGCUCCGAGCAGUAUCUGAACGAGCAAGAACAGGAACUGCAGCAAAUGCCCAGACCGCAGCAGCAGCAACAGCAGCUGGGCCAUGGCGUGGCCAUGCUGGAGUUUGACAGUGACUGCGACAGCCUAAACAGCAGCAAAGUCUCCUCCACGGAGGAGACAAACGUCAACCAAACGGGCGGCGUUGGCACGCCCUCGCUGAAGCACAGCGACUCGCUGACCCUGCUGGCGGAGACGAUUAGCCAUGAGCUGACCGGCAUUACGCAGGGACUGAAUGCCAUUCCGGAGCCGGUGUCAGCAUCGGCACCGCCCACGCCCGCCACACCCAAGCGCAAGCCCAGCCUGUGCAGCACCUCCAGUCCACGGCCACAGCGCAAACUGAACGGCUUCAGUCAGUUGCUCAGCGAUCUGCAAGCGCUGGGCACGGAUUUGUCGCAGAGCGAGAGCGAUUCCGAGUCGGUGGCCUCGCCAGCGCAAUCGCCAACGACCCGGCGGCCACAGCAGCUGCUCCAGGCGGGCAUCAAGCAGCAGCUGGCGCAGCGCAGCAGCUUCGGGCUGCACAGUCCCGACGGCAGUCACUUUGGCGCCGAGACAAAGGACUACAAUUUGCGCGAGUAUCUGCAACAGCUGAAGGAGAUAAGCAAUGUGCCCGCCGCGGACACAGAUGUGGCCGCUCGCCAGCUGUCCGAGAUCUACGGCUUCGAGGUGCGUGAGGAUACGUUCAUUGAGACGGAUACGGAUUUAAUUGAUUUGCGUGCCAUUCCGCCGCCCCAGACGCCCGACGAGCUGGACUCGCUAUCGCUGCUGAAUGCGGCGCCGCCCAAAGGCUUUGAGGGCAGGGCCGAGGAGCUGGAUAGCUUUCUGCAGCAGAUGCUGGUGGCGCCGCCCACACAAAAAGCCACGCCCGCCAAAGAGCUGACGCCCGAGGAGAUAAUGUCGUUUAUAAUACCGCCGCCACCAAAUCUAGAGACGCAGCCCGAGGCGGAAUGCCUGUACAGCAACUCGGUGCAAGCCAAACGUGAUUUUUUCCAGUCUGUGGCCAAUGGCAACAACAGCAACCACAAGGAGCCGACACCGCACGUCAUUGAGUAUCCCACCGUGGAGCGCAAGAGCAAAUUCAGCUGCUGUCCCACAUCCAAGAAGGAGGACGCAACCCCGCCCGAGGAGCCGUUGCAGCCAGUGCAGCCACCACCACGCACACCCACCACGGAGCAAAUGACUCCGCCGCCGGCGCGUCCCCCGAAAAGCGCCGAGCUGCUGCAGCGCUACUCACCCAAAAAGCAGGUGCGCAUCGUUGGACCGGUAAGUGUGCCAUUGCGUGAGCUGUGCCCCCCACAGCUUCCGCCACGCAGCAGUUGCACAACCAGCUCGGAGCCGGCUACGCCGCAGACAGCGAUUCCAAAUGCAAUAGCAGCCACAUCAGCGGUGAGUGCGCCCAAGAAACCCCCGCUGCCGCCCAUUGCCAGUCGCCCACGUCCCGUAAAUGGCACGCCCAUACCCGCCAGCACAACAACAACAACUCCGCCAAUACCGGCCACAGCCCGCCUACCCAAUGCGCAUUCCAACGGCGGCCAGCCGGCGCUGCCAAAGAAGCCCCAGCAGCUGCAUGGCGAGAAGCUGUUCAUCAAGAACGGCCACCUCAUCGACGGCGAGGCGCUGCUGGCCAAAACCGAUGUGGCCAUGGCCGGCCUGCUCAUCAAACUGGAUCAGGUGGCCGCCCAAUGCUCGGCCGCACAGUCUGCCGGCGGCGGCACCAGCAUCGAUGAGGAUAAAUUCCAGCGUGCCCGCAACGAGCUAACGGAACAGACACUGGCCCUGGUCACGGCCAGCAAAUUUCUGGUCGCCUCCAUGUCCGAUAUGACGCUGAUAACGCUGCCCGAUCACCUGACGUCCUGCCUGACGGCCAUCCGGCGUAUCACGGAGCUGGCACAGGACAUGACACGGCACACAUCGGCGCCACUGCAGACCCGCAACAUUGUGCUCAAGGUGCACGAUGUGGCAAGCAGUUUCCGCGAGCUGGUCAGCGUACAGAUCGGACCCAUUGGCGCUGGCCAGCUGGCGCUGCAAGCCGAAUGCCUGGCCAAUGUGCUGGCCACGCUGCUGCGCAGCCUGCGCGUCUUUUCGCCCUAGAUGCAAACAACGCACGAUCCCAACCAACAGCAUGAGCAUGAACACAACCACAGCAUAUCGUUUGCCCGUAUAUAUACACAGCCAAAGACAAUAUAAACACUAAGAUGAAAGUAACGCGCCCAUACAUUUGAAUGCGACGCAAAAUUCCUAGCCUGGCUUCUCAUCUGGCUUUUCCCACUUCACACGACACGGCAGCCGACUGGCUGUUCGCUCUCCAAAAGCCAGACGAAUGAUUGCCGAACGACACGAGCAACGAAGUUAGUCGCCAGCCUGCCUUCAGCAAAGCUGGUCGAUAUGACUAUACUGCCCUUAUAAAGCCGAAGCGGAGAGUACCUUCUACUUUUAGCUUUUUCGCUCUUUCUGUUGAGGAGCGCAAUAAUACUGAUUUGGUUUUUGUUCUCAAUUUUUGUUGUAUGGCGUUACUCAUAUUAAAGUUUAUAUUGUGUUUGGCACAACUAUCUAACUAAUUCAUAAAUAGCUAAAUACCCCAUAAACAUACUUAUGCAAGUGUCUGCAACUAUUUUACAGGUAAACAGCAACGUCAGAGAGUCGUUGGUCUGAACUUAGGCUAGCAAUUGAUACGUAAACAGCUCUAGCGGAAACUCGAACAUAACCAAAUCUAUAUAUCGUGUUCAGAUCCUUCAGAUAUACAAAUACAUAUAUAUUUAAAAUAUAUAUAACCAAAGUCAGCCAUUUAGCAAGAAUCUAAGUUUUCUUGAUUGAAUCCUAUCAGCUACUUAGCAGGUGUCAUAUUUUAUUUUGUAAAUUAACAACUUUUAGCUUUUGAUAAUCUUAUUUAUAAGUUUACCAAGAGAUGCGAUAAUUACUUUUUCUGUGAAAUGCUCAAUUUGAAAGUUUUCUUUUAAUAUGCUUGAAGCUGGGAAAACUUUGUAUGUCAUAUAGUCUACAUCUGAACACGAUCUUAACAUAUAUAAUAAUUAAUAUAUAAAGUUAAAUAUUUAAACUUCACAUCUAACUGCAUGCAACUAACUCGAAUUUCUAUGUUAUCUCUAACAAAUAAUAAUCAUUUUCCAAAAACUCAAACUUUUUAACAAUGUAUGUGUCUCUCUAAUUGUUAUUAACGAUAAACCAAUUUAAGUAAACAUCAUGACUUGAGUGUAGACCAAUUUAUAUAUGUAUAUUUAAAAAAAAAUAUUUAAAAAAAAUAAAACUAUACAAAAUAUGUUAAUUUUUAAAUUACGGCAUUAACAUAUUUUCUUAUGUAUGUAAUACAUACAUUAAUAAAUACAUACAAUUUACAAACAUUUCAUAUACAUACAUAUUAUAUAUACAUAUGUCUAACAAACAAAAAAAAAAUCGACCAAACAAUAAUCAAAAUUUUAACUUGUGAUAUAAAAGAAAAUGAAUUAGUGAAAAUCCUAUUCUUUGUAUUUGUUCAAACCAAUUUUUUUACAACAAUUCUUUGUUAAUAAUACAUCAUAAUACAUUUUUGUUAUUGUUUAUGUCAUCUUUGUUGUAGUGUCUUUAAUUGAAGUACAAGAAUGCGCACUAAGUUGUAGCUUUAACUAAUAUAUAAUCGUCUAUUGUUUAUUAUUAAAGCAAUAAUAAUUAUUAAUCAAAUAGAAGAAUAUAAAAAACAAUUUAGUAGUGAUUAUUCAAACUAAAAUGGUUUUGUUUCUAUUUUGUUUUAAAUUUUGUUAAACAUAUAAUAAACAUAACCGUUUGAAUAAGAAAUACGUACACAUAUACAAAUAUAACUACAAGUAAUAAUACAUAUUAAGUAUAUACAUACAUAUAUUGAAAAAUGUACAAUGUAAAACAUAUAACUGUUUAUGUAUAUCAUGCAAAAGUAAAAUAUUUAAAAUAAAUUCAAUAAA